UUGACAUUUUAAAUUCGCGUGUGUUUGUGGAACUGGGGCUGUUCGGCUGACUGGGCUGGGAUUUCGGAUUUGUCAUGUCAGAUUUGUGACAUUUUUUUGCGUUAGAAUAAGUGCGUGUUUUUUGCAAUUUUUCUAAAAAUCCCAUUAGAGAUACUUUUUAUGUUUUACUGCGUGAUUUUAUUAAAGCAGUUAGAUCAGUCACUGUUCACAUCUUCUCGAAAAUGAGUAAAAAGUAGUACCUGACGGCACGAGGACCUGCCGCAAGAAAACCUAUUUCGCUCUUCAAAUCUACUGUGAAAGUAAUAAUUAUAUAUAUAAAUAAUGUCUGUAAAACGACAAGCUACGACUGAUCUUAACCAUGAGAAUUGGAACGACGAUGAUCCAAGUGAGCGGGAAGAAAUGGGUACGUUCAAAGCAGCGCCUAAGGACGUUCUUGAAAAACGCGUGAUUAGGACUGCGAAAAGACGAUCACUAGUAUCCGGUGAUGAGCCAAAGAAAAGUGUUUUUAGUGGAUUCGGAGGUUUCAACAAGACACAACCUUCAUCAUUUGAUUUUUUGGCAAAUUUAACAAAUGGCAAUAAAAAUUCACACUCUACGGCAAAUAAGAGUGACACAACUGUGACAUCAACCAUAUUUAGUAACACACCAAUUUCAAGCAAUUCAAGUAAUGGUAUUUUUGGUGUACAAGGACCAUCAGAAUCCAAACCUAUGUUUGGAUUGGGCACAAGUCAACCAUCAUCAUCAAUGUUUGGGAGUACUACCACUAGUGCAUCUACAGCAAUGUUUGGGAGUACUACCACUAGUGCAUCUACAACAAUGUUUGGGAGUACUACCACUAGUGCAUCUACAACAAUGUUUGGGAGUACUACCACUAGUGCAUCUACAACAAUGUUUGGGAGUACUACUACUAGUGCAUCUACAACUACCGCUUCAUCAUUAUUUACUGCUACUAAAGCUGAUUCCACUGUUAACGACUCACCAUUCAAAAUUCAAACACCUAUGAAAUCAACCAGUGACAAGAAUGAGAUGAAGACUAAUAUGCCAAUAUCACAGGUAUCAUCCACUAUGUUUGGUGGACCAACUACAAAUAGCAGUAGUAAGUUAUUUACAAGCUCAACAAAUUCAUCACCAUUUAGCAUUAAACCUUCUACUACUCCAGUAACCCAAACCAGCACUGGUUCUUUAUUCACAUCUGGUUCUAAUUCAGUCAAUUCAAAUAAGCCUACAGAGAAAGCUGAUGAUAAAAAAAUUACUUAUUGUUCAAAGUUAAAAGGGUUGAAUGAGUCUGUUUCUGAUUGGAUCAAAAAACAUGUUGGAGAAACACCAUUUUGUAUUCUUACUCCAAUAUUCAAAGAUUAUGAAAAAUACUUAAAGGAAAUUCAAGAUGAAUAUCAAGGAGUAAGCAAAGAAAGUAAGACCACAGAAUCACCAUUCCAUAUACAAAACAAUACAUCAUUGCCAAAACCAACAGGUUUUAUGCUUGGAAGUGCUAUAAAUAAUACCGAAAAUGAAAAUAAUAAAACUGACACACAUAAAGUAGGAUUUGGUAUACCUAUGGCACCCACAGCAACUACUGCAACUUCAUCGUUAUUUUCCACAAAUACAAGUACUAACACUAAUGGAGCAGCACCAUUUUCAUUUGGUAUUGGGAAACCAUUUAGUUUCAGUUCUAAUGUUCAAGCACCUACCCCAUCGGAACCAAAAAAGGAUGAAGAAAAUGAAGAUGAAGAUGCACCUCCUAAAGUAGAAUAUAAACCUAUUUCUGAAGAAAACAGUGUUUAUGAACAGAAAUGUAAAGUUUUUGUUAAAAAAGAUGGAAAUUUUGUUGAUAAAGGUGUUGGUACUCUUUAUAUUAAGAAAGUUGGAGAAAAUGAUAAACACCAGUUGUUGGUCCGUGCAAACACAAGCUUGGGAAAUGUUUUAGUGAACUUAAUUCUUGCAUCAGUACUCCCCAUCCAACGCAUGGGGAAGAAUAAUGUUAUGAUGAUGUGCAUUCCAACUCCAGAUUCAAAGCCUCCUCCAGUUCCAAUACUUAUAAGAGUGAAAACUGGAGAAGAAGCAGACGAACUAUUAGAAAUGCUGAACAAAUACAAAUCAUGAAGAAAUAAUCAAGUAUAUUUAGAUACUUAUCUGGUUUAGACAUCAUACUAGACUGAAUAAAAAUUAUUUCAUUAAGAUAUGAUUUAAUAUUUUAUUGAUAUAAUUUGUAAUGGUUUUGUUUAUACUACUCAUUAAAAGUAAAAUUGUGAUAAAAUGUAGAUAUUUUUUUUUAGUAUGGGGCAAUGGGCAUAAAAAAUUUCUCGUAAAGACUCCAGUGAAAAUGUCCAGUAAUUUGUAUGAUAUCAAAAUUAUUAUAGAGAGGAAAUCAAAAUCAUACAUAUGCCGGUCCGGACUAGGACACAGCUUUACUGUUUUACUUUCUGAUAUGCGUAUGUCGUAGUCAUAUUGUCGAAUCCGCCGAAAAACUGCUACCUAACGUUCCGGAUUGUAAUGAGCGCAUCGCGUUUCUCACGGCAUCGGAUCGUGCCGCCAACAUUCAAUUUGAUACACCAAUUGAUAUCGAGAGUAGAACACAACUUGAUGCUAAAAUGCUUGAUGUAAAAACCCUUACAUACUCUGCCAAGAACCUAAUAUGUCUUAUGUAUUUUAUGCAUUAAGAGUAUAAAAAAGAAGCUUGGUUUGGUUGUUAUAUUACUAUGUAGCCAAGUUUUCUAUAACUUUAGCUCUUGCCUAUUCAUUGCCAAUUUACUGGAUAGUUAAUAGUUUAGAUGUCUAUGUGGCCGCAGCGACGAAUGGUUAUCUAAAACUAUAUCGAUUUAUGCUUAGCGUUAUUGAAUUGCGAAAUGCACACCCAUCAAUUUUGUAUCAUUGAAAUUAUGUACUAAGUACAUUAAUAAAAUUUGAUUCAUGAACUAUA